AUGGAUUUAAGUGAUAAAGAGCUAAUACGUCGGAUAGCUUUUGCCAAUUUUUCAAAAGCUUGCGGAAAAGUGCAAGAAAUCUCCGAUUUCAGUAUUUACAAGACUUUGGAGAGACUAUAUCCGAAUAAUCAAGUUUCAAUUGUGAUGGAGAGAUUUUUUGGGAAGUCCCCUUUUGAAUCUGGUAGUGAAGAUUCCCAGUUAUUAUAUGUAAAAAGAAUUGAAAACUUGCUAUACCAGCCAAAUAGCCGAAUGAAACCAAUUGUCUCUGUGUACAAAAACCAAUCUGAAGGCAGUUGGGACAUCGUUGUAAUUUUGCCAAGUCAAAUAUAUUAUAGAAAUUCGAAGCACGAACAUCUUAAACUCCCACUUCUCAUUGAAUUCUUAUUUAAAAACAAGUUGAAAACUAAUGAGAUCGAAGAAAACAAGGAAAACAUUAUUGGAGGGAUGCUAAAGCCUUUUAAAAACGUUACAAAUAUGGACAGUGUGGAUCAAAAUAAGGGGGCUGGUGGGCUUUGUUUAGAGCAGUUGUAA